GUACUUUUUUCUCUUAUCAGCUACGACAACAAACGACCACCAAUCAUUUUCUACCACGACCGCAGCUGUUUCGCUGAAAACAUUGUUUCAGUGAUAUAAAGUAGAAAUUGGGCCUGAUUUUGGGGUGAAAACGGAAGAAAACGUUGGAGUUUGUGUGUGUGAAGAAAAUGUUGACUUUCUUCAUUUCCACACUGGUGGCCACGUGUGUAUGGACGGCGGACGGGCACGACCUGAAGGGUUUUGAUGACUCCGUACUGUUCAAUCUUGUGUGGCACAACAAGCAGGACAUGAUCGAUGUUGUGCCCGGCUCGGAACAGAUGUACAUCACGUCUGCGAACAAGGAACGGUAUCUGUGCACGAUACCGCCCAUUACCGCGAAGGAGACGGCCGGCGAUGUGGAGUACAGUGGGCCGAGCCCACUGGAACUGCUCGAGCCACUGUUCUUUUCCACCACCUGCUCGUACCGGAUCGAAAGCUACUGGUCGUACGAGGUGUGCCAUGGGAGCUACAUCAAGCAGUACCACGAGGAACGGCACGAGAAGACGAGCAAGCUGCAGGAAUAUUUCCUAGGCCGUUGGGACCAGCAAAAGACGGACGCACUGAAGGCGAAGUACGCGCAGGCGGACUCGGACAAGGAGCAGAUGAAGUAUAAGAAAAUCGAAGGCUUCAAUCUGCCGUACCUGGAGCUCGAGAUGGAUUCGGGCACGAUCUGCGACCUGAACGGGGAACCGCGCGUCACGAAGGUGCUUUACGUGUGUUACCGGUUCGGGAAGAAUGAAGUGUACUCGUUGAAGGAAACGUCCACCUGCAACUACGAGGUGAUCAUACUGACCGCGGCCCUCUGUACCCAUCCGAAGUACAAACCGCAGGACACGGAGGAGAACAAGAUCAGCUGCAGCCCGUACGGUGAAUCGCCCCGGAAGCCGAAAGCGCUGCUCCAGCAGGAAGUGGACAAGCUGCGCCAAAAGUAUCAGCAACUGACGGUCACUAUAAGCGAUGUAUUAGGAUAUGAUUUGCCUGAGGUGAGCGAGGAUGGUUCAAUGCGCGGUGAUCCGCUGCGGAAGGAUACGACACUAAACUUUGACUGGAAAGCGAUGGAAGAGGAAACGGGCGAGUCCGAGGGCGAAACACCGGUUUCGUCCAUGACCCGGCGACCGAAAAAGUCGAAGGAACUUACCUCGCUGCUGGAAUUCCUCGACGGCGCCUACUGCUUGCCGGGCGGUUCCGGCUGGUGGAAGUUUGAGCUGUGCUUCGGCAAACAUGUGCGCCAGUACCACAAGGACACCUCGAUCUAUCUCGGCUACUUUAACGUCGACAAGCACCGGGAAUGGUUGGAGAAAAAUCCGACCGCCCGGUACAAGCGUAAGCUCGAGAAUCAGAUCAGCCACUUCUACACCGGUGGUGACGUGUGCGACAAGACGAACCAACCGCGGCACGUCGAGGUAAAGCUGAAGUGUACGGAACAUUCCGGCAGUGCGGCGGACGUGAUUGCCCUCUACCUGCUUGAACCGCGCCCCUGCGAGUACGUGCUGAACGUGGAAUCGUCCAAGAUUUGUGAUAUUUUACCGCUGGCAACGGAGGAUAUGCUGCUGCCGGACAAUUUACGCCAGCUCGAGGAGGAAACACAGCUCGUACUGGACAGUAGUAGUGCUGCUAGUAAUGUAAAUAAUUGAUUUAAUCACAAAAAAAAAAAAAAUCACACACACAGAGGGCGGAAUUUAGUUGCUAAACUCUA